AUGAGCCCAAGUCCCGCAGACUCUGCCCAAGACCUCAACUACGCCUUCGCCAUGGAAUACACGCUCAAUACGCGCAUCAGAAAGCUCGACGGAACCAACUUCCACACGUGGAAGUUCAAGAUGCAAAUGGUGCUCGAAGAGCGUGAUCUAUGGGACGUCGUCAGUGGAGAGGUUAAGCUAGAGCACUGCGCUAAUGCGUUGGACCAGGCAACCUUCAAAAGGAAUUCGCGCAAAGCACUAGCAAUCAUUUGUCUCGCGAUGGAGGACUCGCAGCUACCGCUGGUCCGGUCGGCAAGUGGCGCGCAUGAUGCAUGGUCACGACUGGAAGGAUACUUUGAGAAGAGGAGCCUCGCGAACAAGCUCUUUCUUUGUCGACGUUUCUUUAAAACGAUGAUGGAGGAGGAUGAUGGUAUGCUGGAGCAUAUCAACAAAGUCAAGACCCUGGCGGAGCAGCUUGACGCGGUUGGUGCUUCAGUCAGCGAAGACGACUUGGUGAUCACGCUUCUUGGAAGCUUGAGUGAGUCGUACCAGUUCCUCAUCACGGCUGUAACGGGCUAA